GAUGUGCAGUCCUCUGAGCUCUAAGCAGUGCUCCAGUCCGGGCCUGACUGAUGUGCAGCAGUACAGUCAGUGGUUGGCCAGCCGACAUGAGGCCAGUCUACUGCCCAUGAAGGAAGACCUGGCCCUCUGGCUCACCAGCAUGCUAGGUGUGGAGAUCACUGCAGAAACAUUCAUGGAGAGGCUGGAUAACGGAGUCCUGUUGUGUCAGCUGGCUGAAACACUGCAGGAGAAAUUCAGACAGAGUAAUGGAGAGGUGCCUGCACUGGGCAAGCCAAUCCCCAGCCGGCGGAUCCCCUGUCGGGUAAGUGCUCCGUCGGGUUCCUUCUUCGCCCGGGAUAACACGGCUAAUUUCCUGUCCUGGUGCCGUGAGGUGGGCGUCGGUGAAACGUGCCUGUUUGAGUCGGAAGAUCUUGUUUUACACAGACAGCCGCGGGAGGUGUGCCUGUGUCUACUGGAGCUGGGGAGAAUCGCAGCCAGGUAUAAGGUGGAGCCUCCAGGGCUGAUAAAGUUGGAGAAAGAGAUUGAACAGGAGGAGGAGGCCCCGUUACCUCCACCAUCGCCUGCCUCCUCUCCCUCCCCUGUUUCUCCCAUCACUCCGACCAAAUGCACCUCCAGCAAGAGGAGCACAGGCAAACUGUUGGAUGAUGCCGUGAAGCAUAUUGCCGAGGAUCCGCCCUGCAAGUGCCCGAAUAAGUUCUGUGUGGAGCGGCAGUCCCAGGGACGGUACCGGGUCGGGGAGAAGAUGCUCUUCAUCAGGAUGCUCCAUAACAAACAUGUGAUGGUUCGUGUGGGUGGGGGAUGGGAGACAUUCGAGAGUUACCUGUUAAAACACGACCCCUGUCGAAUGCUCCAGAUCUCCCGUGUGGAGGGCAAGACCUCGCCCAUCUCCAACAAGUCGCCCAACAUCAAAGACCUUUCUCCGGACAGCUACCUGGUUGUGGCUGCCCACUACCGCAGUAGCAAGAAGUAAAGAUACGGAAAGACAGCAAGGGGAGGGGGACGAGAAGAGAGAGAGAGAGAGAGAGAGAGAGAGAGAGAGAGAGAGAGAGAGAGAGAGACAGAGGGAGAGAGUUUGGUUUCUUUUUAAUCAAAAUGUUGAAGUUAGGUAUAGCUUUCUGUGGUGUGGAGUUUGAAAUCCUGGGUUCUAUGCGUCAUAGCUGAAACCUUUGCCAUUUCUGUAUGCCUGUCCGAUUCAGCUCUCUGUCUUGCCAAAGAGUGACCUGUCUGAGUGGCUAGGCUCUACUGUUUCUCUGUCUGCAUUAGACUGCUGUUGUGUAGAAGACACAGCGCCGUUGCAACAAUAACUUUGCUUUUGCAUCCAAACUGGGAUUUGUAGUCUGUAACCACCUGAAAUCUGUUGCUAAUGAUUGCUAAUGAUCGUUACAGUGUAACUCAGUAAGCAGAAAAACAGCGCAGUUUGUUUGACUUAAGGAUGUAGUUCUCUAAGAUGUCGUGGCUUUUAUAACGGCUGGCUUUUGCAGUGAUGGUCAUUGGUGUUUAGAGGCAGAGGUUUGUCGUACUUCGGGAACAAUUUUCAGACGUACGUGAGCGCGGACAGACUCGUGGACAAUCGUGGUUUUUUUUAGCCUGGGGUUAUGACUGGUAUAUGUUUAGCGUAGAAAAGGGCGAUUCUGUUUUUAAAGGUUCCUUGUUAGGUUUUUAUUUCCUGCGUACUUCUAAAGGGUUUCGGUUGGCUGGAGGUUCCUUCGUUGCAGUCAGUACUUACGUUACGCUGUUCUGCUAAUUGUUUUUUUUUUUUUUUUUUUUUAUUAUUUCUUAUUUCUCUA